AUGAAGAAAGAAAUCUUAGCAGAAGAACAGUUGGCAGUGGAUAAUUCAAAAAAUGAUUCUGCUGUUGAAACAAGUAUAAAUUCAACAGGUGGAUAUGGAGAGGCUCGACCGGAUAGGAACAGUCGACAAGGAAGUAUUAUCAUUGGACUCGAUAAGGAAGAUGAUUCUCGUCGUUUUUCGAUGUUGUGGGACUCAUUCAAAGCAAGGAAAAGCAUUGGCGGAAAUAACUUGGCUUUGUUUGAAGAGCCAAGUGAACCUUUUAUUAGCUCCUACCUCAGGGGUUAUACGACACCAGGCCCAUUAGAACGUGAGAAAAGUAAGCAUGCUAAGGCAGAACUUGGUGUCAUGCUGGGUGUUUAUCUACCAACAAUUCAACAUAUCCUUGGUGUAACUAUGUUUAUACGUCUUUUCUGGAUGGUGGGUAUCGCUGGUAUCGCUCAAACCUUCUUCCUACUGUUUAUCUGCUGUCUUUGUACCUUUUUGACAAGCAUAAGCUUGUCAGCUAUAGCAACAAAUGGUGUCGUAGAAAGUGGCGGUGCAUAUUUCAUGAUUUCGCGAAAUCUUGGACCUGAAUUUGGCUCAGCUGUUGGCAUAUUGUUCUAUUUGGCUAAUACCGUUGCUACAGCGAUGUAUCUCGUUGGCGGUGUCGAAAUAUUACUGCUUUACAUAUUUCCUGGUUUGACAAUCGGUGGUACAGAAGUUCAUUCAGACACAGGAUUGAUGGGUUGGAUGUCGCAUAACUUGCGAUUUUACUCAACCAUUUUGUUGCUGCUAGAAUUUUCAAUUGUUGCGAUGGGGGUUAAAUUCGUCCAGCUGUUUGCACCGAUAUCACUGUUUUGUGUUAUCCUAUCAAUCUUCGCUUGUUACGCUGGUGGGAUCGAAAAAACGAUCACGUCGUCUGAUGCGCAACAUGUAUGCAUGUUGGGUAAACAUUUAUUACAAGCACGGAUCGUUUUACCUGAUGACGCCCCGCUUUCUGAUAUUUGCAAUUAUUGUAAUGCUUCUGUGCCCGGACCUUUACUAAAUUAUUUUUGUCCAAAUGGUGAAUGCUCUGAAAUGUUCGUUAAAAAUGAUUUACGUUGCAUAAAUGGUUUUCCAGGAUUUGGAAGCAGUGCAUUUGUCGAUAAUUUGGGUCCAAAUUAUGUUGGCAAAAAUGAAUAUCUAAGGGGAAAAUUAGCUGACCGAAAUGUAGAAGUAUUCCAGGACGUUAAGACAACAUUUUUCAUGCUGCUUGCCAUUUAUUUUCCGGCAGUAACUGGAAUUCUCACCGGUGCUAACAUGAGCGGAGAUUUAAAGAAUCCAAAUUUCUCAAUCCCAGCUGGUACUAUUGCUGCUCAAUUAACGACAUCAUUCAUCUAUUUCUCGCUUGCGUUGGUUUUUGGUGCCACAAUUAAUGGUGCUAUAUUGCGAGACAAAUAUGGACAGUCAUUACGUGGUGGCAUGAUCGUUGCUAAUUUAGCUUGGCCAACAGAAUGGCUUUUAUUAGUUGGUUCAUUCCUGUCGACAUUUGGUGCUGCUCUCCAGUGUCUCUGCAGUGCGCCACGUCUCCUACAGUCAAUUGCUAAAGAUGAUGUGAUACCAGUUUUGAAACCAUUUGCAAAAGUUACGUCCAAAAAUGAGCCAUUUAAAGGAUUGGUAAUAACGAUCAUAAUAGCGGAAUUAUCAAUACUGAUGGGUGCAAUGGAUCAUAUAGCCGCCGUGGUUGAUUUCUUCUUCUUAAUGUGCUACGCAUUUGUGAAUUUAAUCUGUGCAUUACACUCACUACUCGGUGCACCCAACUGGAGACCGCGAUUCAAAUUCUACCACUGGUCUUUAGCAUUACUUGGCGCAGGACUGUGUUUUUUCAUCAUGUUUAGUACCCAUUGGGACUAUGCAAUUGUUUCAUGUGUGCUUUGUCUUGUUAUAUACAAAUAUGUGGAAUGGAAAGGCGCUAAGAAAGAAUGGGGCGAUGGAAUCCGUGGCUUAGCCUUGACAACAGCGCAAUAUUCGCUGAUGAAAAUUAAUGAGAAAGACCCACAUCCAAAGAAUUUCCGGCCACAGUUAUUAUUGCUUCUGUCAAUGCCUUGGUCCAAAGAACUUGUUGAUAUGCGCUAUUUGAACCUGAUCAAUUUAGCAUCACAGCUUAAAGCUAGUCGUGGCUUAACCAUUGUUGUCGCAUUUAUACGUGGCAAUCCUUUAGUUAUCGAUGAUAGGAAAAAGGCAGAGGAGGUAAAAGCACGAAUGGAAUUCGAUAUGAAUCAAAUUAGACUUCGUGGCUUCGCAAAAACAUUGGUGUACGGUGAAACACAAAUUGGAGGAAGUGUUUCAACAUUAAUUCAAAGUGUUGGAAUGGGUGGAUUACGACCAAAUACGCUUCUAUUAAGUUGGCCUGUUCACACUCAUGGCUCUUUAUGUGAAGCUAUUGAUUCGGAAUAUCAUACAUUUACAGAUAAAUUGCAUGCUGGUGUUGCAACGGAUAUGUGCCUAGUUGUUGCUAAAGAUAUUGUUAAUUUCCCAGUUUCUGCUAUUCGCCUUUCUGGAACCAUUGACGUGUACUGGAUUGUACAAGAUGGCGGUCUAUGUAUACUUGUCGCUUACUUGUUGACUCAAAGCAAAGUAUGGCGGGGAUGCAAACUUCGAGUGAUAGCAAUUGCACAGGAAAUGGAUAAUAACACAAAACUGCAAGCAGAUCUUCAGAAAUAUGUUUAUCAGCUAAGGAUUGAUGCCAGAAUAAUGGUCAUAGAACUAUCAGAUCCUAAAAUUUCAAAAAAUGCGUUCGAAAGAACACUUCUUAUGGAGGAAAGGACUCGAUAUAUGCACGAAAUGUAUGAAAUAAAAGAGAAAUUAAAUAAAAUAUCGCCUUCGAUUUUGGCAGAAAUGAAGCAAAAUGGCAAGUUGAAUGGUGACGAUAACGAUACAGACAAUGAGACAAAGGGGAAGACUGAUGAUAAUGAAGAAACGCCGGCAUCGUCGAAAGAGAAAGUAUCCUCAGCAAAGAAAGUAGCAUCGUCUCUAGAAAAAAUGCCAUCAAGCCAUGAUGAAAAGCGAGUGACAAUAGCAGAAUCGAAAAAUGAAAUAGUUGGAGAAAAUAACAAAGAUGAACGCGACAAAAAAUUCAGGAUGCUGGACAAAAAAAAAGUACGUAAAAUGCACACAGCAGUUCGACUAAAUGAAUUAAUUCUUGCAAAUUCAGCUGAUAGUCAGCUAGUGCUGCUCAAUUUACCGAAGCCUCCCGUUGCCAAAGAAGGCCUUGAUGAUUACAUGCACUAUCUUGAAGUAUUGUCUGAUAAAAUUCCUCGUAUUUUAUUUAUUCGAGGAACAGGCAAAGAAGUUAUCACGACAUAUUCUUGA